ACAAAUUUAUGAUUUAGGUGAACAUUGUUUUUGUUAAAUAUUUAAUUAACUUAUUGAUAAAAAGUUUACCAGGUGUUUGUGACCAAAGACCUAAGUACAAGAUUAAAAACUGACGAUUUUGAAUAUUGAUAUUUGUAAAAGGUAAAAAGUCAUUACAUAUUCAUAGUUUUAUGACAAACCGACUGUUAACUCAUUCACUUUGGAUUUAAAUGGCUUUAUCAAUGGGAAGUUUUACUGUUGACCUGUCAUUCAUGUAAAGGAUACAAACAGAUUGAACAACGAUUUCACUUUCUACAGUUGGUAAAAGUUUGGCUACUAUUGCCGAUACAUAUGUGGGAAACAUAUAAUACAAUGUGUUAUAAGUGUGCUAUGAAUGAGAAUUUAAAGUAUUAGUGGUUAAUUGAAGGAAAAAUUGGAUUUUUAUUGAAUUUUAAAAAACCUUGGUACACUAUGGGGUAAGAUAAUUGCGAUUCCUCAGAAUGGAUAAGUGUUUACCGUUAUUAGAGUUGAGACGGAGUAAUAGUAAGAAUGGGGAGACAAAGCUUAGUGAGGACAUCACAUCUCCCCUUAUCUUGGAGGACAUGAGUCUGUUCUAUUUUAGACAACUAGCUGCUAGUCUACAGGACCAUGACUUACAGCAGAAAAUUGACCAUGAGAUUAAGAUGCGAGAAGGAACGACCAAACUACUGGCAGCUUCUAAACAUCCAGCACAACUACUGGAAGCUGCUCGUAACCUGCUUACCUCAAACCAUCGCAUUAUGGCGUUCAUGUCAGAACUACAGAAAAGGAAAACAGCUCAGGUUUUAGGUAGACAAACGUCAGUGGAGGGUAACCAAGUGCCAUGUACAGCCAGAGUGUGUGUUACAGAUUUACGAAUACCUUUGAUGUGGAAAGAUACAGAUCAUUUUAAAAACAAAGGAGACUACAGGAGAUAUGCUGUAUUUUGUCUGGUGAAGAUUGAUAGUGAUAUAUAUGAUACCUCCAUGAUAAACAAUGUAGAUAGGAGUAUGACAGACUUGACGUUUGACGAUACCCUUGUCUUUGAAAAUGUUCCUCAUGAUUUCGAAUGUAAAGUAGAAAUAUUUUGCCAUAAGCUGCAUGAAGAUUUAACAAUUGCCAGCACUCCAAAGAAACUGAAGAAAAAGAUAAAUGAUUUGUCUGGUUCUGUAGGGAGGAGUGUAGGGAAACGAUUGUCAGGAUUACAUGAUACAGACAUUAUAGGAAAUAUGGUUCUUGGACCACGAUUUGACAUGGUGGCCCAAGGGACUAUGACACUGCUAGGUGUGAAUGAUUCGGUUGGGACUUUUGAUUUAGUUGUGGAACCAGUUUCAGAUAGUAAUAGUAGCUGUGAGCUUCCAUUGUUUGGUCAUUACUGCUGUAGAAUUGUGGCUCAACCUCUGUCACUAAUCAAUCCAGUCCAUACAGGCUAUUUAAAUCUUCAGGAAGAUGAUGAUUUAGCCAAGUGGAGAAGAUAUUGGUGUGUUUUAAAGAAUCUAAAAUUAGAUUUUUGGUCAUCGUCAGAUGAUGUAGAAGUCACAGAACCUCUAGUCACAAUUCCAAUCACCAAAAAUACUCAGAUUAGUAGUGCGGAUCCCAGUAGAAUUAAAAGAUCUCAUAUGUUCCAUGUACGGACUUGUGAGAUGGAUUCUUUUGGGUUGUUUACAAUGGCCACUGAUAAUCAGGAAGAUCUUACUAAAUGGUGGGAUGCUCUACAACAACAUUUGUUAGAUCAAGUGUUGUGGAAACAAGCUUGUGAUCAUGUAAUGGAUAUACCAUCUCCAUCUCCAUCCAAACGUAAACCAUCUUUUCUCAGGAAGAGUUCUAUUUAUGAUGACACACCUAUAUCAGACUCUUCAUCAAGAAGCAGUAUUUCUAGUGACAUUAAAUUAGAAGAUGACCAAUUAAACGAGAUGCUAUCAACAUUGAUGGGUGAAGCCAAACAGAUCAGGGGAGACAAUCCAUCAACCAGUACCAGCUAGUAUUUAAUCAUUAUUACAACCAAUGUGUUCAUUUUCAUCUUUAGUUUAUUAUGCAUUUUACUAUUUAUUUGGUCAAAAAAGUCAUUUUGUGUAACUUCUGUUUACAUUUAUGUAAAAAUACACAGUUUUAUUUAUUGAAGUAAUUUUUAUAUAUGUUUAAGAUUAUUGUUUGAAUAUUUCUAGAUUUUCAUCCUUAAAACUAUUUUUUUUAAUUUUUGUUCAGUUGCAUUUACCUACAGAAGUUUUACAAGGAAAACAAACAUGAUUCUGAGUUUGAGGAAUUAAUAUUUCUUACGAUAUUUCAAUACUGGAACUGUUGUUAGCAAAUUGACUUUGUCAUUGCCAUUUGCAAGAAAAAGUGUAAAUGAUUAUAAAUAGUAUACACAGAUGACAAAAUAUUUUAAUAAUAAAAUCUUCUGACAGGCAUUGUUUGUUUAUCAUUUAUAGUCUUAUAAUUUUUAUACUCAUUUACACCAUUGUUUUAUGAGAAUUUUAUUUACAUUGUAAAUAUUCUAUUCUAUAGUGCUACAUGUAAACUAUUCCAUGUAAAUAACACUCUCUAGUCUUUGUAAAAAAAUCUCUUUGCAUUGUCUUUGUGCAAUAACAGAUCAUGUCAUUAAUAUAUAAGUUUUGAUUUUCUAAAAAGGUAAUUUCACAGAUAAGUGAAAUGACAUUCAGACCUUUUUUGUUUCUCAAUGUAUAUAGAUUUUUUUU